AAGCUCAAAAUAAAAGACAAGCAACUAUUCCCUGUCAUGGCGUCAUCCUGUGUGUUGUGUUUUCGCACGUGGUCGCUAUGAUGUUAUUGUUCGUUCUGGUGUAGUUACAAGGCUGUUGCUAGGAAUAUUAAAAUGGGUAAAACUAGACGUCAAAGGAAACGGCCGAAGUACAAGAAUCCUACUGGUUUGCUUAGUGUAAAAGAUACACAACAGGAAGAGGGUGAACACAGUGCCGGAGACCAAAUUUCUAAAAAUGAGAUAGCGAUAAGUGCCGUUCUUGAUCAGUUGCAGUCGCCGGACGUGGAACACAAGGUGUUCGGGCUGCAGACGCUGGCGACAGUGUUCACGGAGCCGUGCGCCGUGCAGGAGGCGGUGCGACACGAGGUGGUGCGCGUCGCCGCUCCGCUGCUGCUGGACGCCAGCGCCUCCGUGCGCCACGUGGCGGCCGGCGCGCUCAGGAACCUGAGCGCGGGCGGCCACGAGCUGUGCGACCUGCUGGUGGAGCAGGACGUCAUGACGCCCCUCUCCGCGCUCCUGCAGGAGUAUGCAGUGGACUGGCAGCCACUGAAGAACUCCAAGGUCACGGACAAGAAAGCCGACACGUUCCUGCAGGCGGUGCACUUGCUGUGGAACCUCUGCGAGAGCAACGGCACAGCUGUGAAGUACUUCAACGACAGGAACAUGCUGCCGGUGCUCGCCAGGUGCCUGGACACCUCCCUGUUCGGCCUGGACAUAGUCACAGCUGCAGCGCAGUGCAUCCAGACAGUGACUGAGGACAACUCGACAGCGGUCAGUCAGCUGCAGAGCUCCGAGCCGAUCCUGAGGCAGCUCCUGAUGCUGGAGGGAGACCAGCCGGCCAUGCUCCUGGUCAGGACACUCGCUGCAGACGGAGAGGAUGACGUCAUGGACCAGGACUCGUCUGACACCAGCGACGAGAUGCUGAGUGACGCAGCGUGCGACUAUGAAGGCGAUGCCGUCCCGCUGGAGAAGCUGCCCAUCAGCCUCUUGCCAGAGGUGCACGAAGGAGUCACCGCCCACCAGCUGGUGCGGAAGGUGUGGGAGAAGACGGUCCAGGCGGCAGAGAACGUACUGCAGAUGCUGGGAGAGACAGAGGAGGGCCAGCAAGUGCUCCGGAAGUUGGCAACGCUGCGCUCACGGGCCUUCCUCUGCCUCAACAACCUGGUGUCCUGCCUGGACGUGGAUGACUUGGGAGGCUGCGACAAGCUCUACCACAUGUGGACCAGCAUCGCCAGCCUGAUCAUCACGCACCGAGACGUGGACGACUCCGUGCUGGAAGCAGCGUCUGCCGCGCUGCGGGCCGUGCUACAGAGGCUGGGUGAGCUGGGGGCCGCCUCCUACUUCUCCCAGCUGGCAGAGUCCGACCUCACGAUGCUGUUUGAGCGCCAGCAGCACUGCAAAGACGCGAACGUGCGCGCUAACCUCAUCCGAAGCGUGGGUAUCCUCGGCUCAAUCCUGGUGUCUGCACAGACCCCAGCCAGUCACCAGCUCGUUAAGGCGGUGGGCACACUCCUGCUGGAGGCAGCGGCGGGCGAGGCGGAGCUGUGGGUGGGGGCGGAGGCCCUGGACACGCUCAUGGACGUGUUCGCGGAGGACGAGACGGACCGGGCGGCCGCCGACAUAGACCUGGUGCAGCGCCUCAGAGCCCUGCUGCCCGCCGUCCGGCACAAGGUCCGUCAGCAGCGGAAGUGUCUGGGCGACCACCACCUGGUGGUCACGACGGUGAACGCCAACCUGAAGCGCUUCAUCGCCUACAAGGGCCGGCGCCUCGCGGCUCGUGCCCCGUCCAACGGCUGCCCUCGCUAGAGCUCCAAGUCUCCUCCACUUGCUCGCGAAUAUUACACUUUCUGUAGGGAUAUGUGGUUAUUCAUUUUUCAGUUUAGUUCACUCCCUGUGGAAUUCCUGUCAACUAUCUUAAAUUGGAUUCAAUCAUGGUUUUCAAUCUUCACACUCUGUUGUACAAUGAAGAAGAUAGAGCAACCUGAAUGUUAGGUUUCGUCGCACUAUCUGCUAACUAUAAACGUGUAGGCAAAUAUUUGUUAUCAAACUUUUUCUUGUCAUAUAACAUUGAUUUUGCUGACUAUAAUUUCAUUUUGUGUGUUUCUUUAGCUGGGUAAGGUAUACUGCUUGGCUUCUUUUAUCCCUUUUUUUUUAAAUAUUUAUUCAUAAAAUGUGAAAUUUUUUAAGAAAAAUCCCAAAAUCCUACUACAUAGACUGUUUUGAAUUACCAUAAAGCCCUAGCAGGAUAGUAGCCUAUGUUUUUUUAAGUUGCUAGAACUGUUUAAAUCAUUGCUGUUAAUUAAAGAUUUUUGCAUGGAUCAACAUCACUGAAUAUUUGUUUGGCCAAAAGUAAAUACAGUAAUAUACUCAUUUAUUUCAUUUUUACACGUCAUAUUCAUGUGUUCUGUGAUUUUACUAUUAAUUUGCUGUAAAAUACAGUGAAUAAUUUUAUUACGAACAAAUAAUAAGCUUACAUCAAAUUUGAAUUAGUCUCCAAAAUACUCUCGUUGGCUAGCGAUGCACUUAUCCGAAGGUUGAUUCCGUGAUUGGAAACAUUUCCUGGAGGCCUUCAGCUGCUCCGUCGAGGGCCUCUCUGUGUCAAACAUUUUUCUUUUAACACUGUUUUCAUUUUUGGGAAGAACCAGAAGUAUCAUGUUGCUAAAUCCAAAGAGUAAGGUCGAUAAGGACGGACAGGAACAGAUUAUUCUGCCCAAAACUCGCAAAUCAGAGGUGAGGUGUGACACGGCAUGUUGUUGUGAUGGAGGAAGCCAUUGGCCCAUAUUUCAGGUAUCUUUCUCUGUAAAUUGUUAUCGCACUAUGCCCUCACCAACGAAAAAAACGAGCAUGACCUUGACAUUUGUCUUUGACUGACGUGACUUCUUAGGACAAGGAGAGCUAUUCAUUUUCCAUUGGGAACACUGAGUUUUCGUCUCAGUGUCAUAGCCAUACACAUAAAUUUCAUUUCCAAUUAUAAUUUUAGCCAUGAAGUCCAGAACUACAAGAAGAUUCUUGCAAACUGACUCACGAUUUUUCCCUUGUUCAUUGCCCAAAAGUCGGGGGACAGAAUUUGCACUCACCCAUCUCAUUUGCAAAUUAUGUGUUAAAAUGCUUCACAUAGAUUCGUGAGAGAUGGAAAGUUCUUCGUUAAGCUCUCAAAUAGUUAAUUGUUUUGAAUUAACCAUAUUUGCCACUGUUUGCAGGUUUUUGUUUUGUUUUUGAGGUUAAAGGGUGUUCUUACCAUUGAUUGUAUUCAACUGACUCAUUUCCACUUUCAAAUCGCUCAUACCACUAGUAAAUUAGCAGUGUUCAAAGUUCACUUUUCUAGGGUGUAAGUCAAAGUCGAAUUGUGAAUCUUCAAACUUCCGAAGGUUGAAGUCGAAGUUAUAACUUUUCAACAGAAUAAUUGCAGUUUUUUCACAGUCUGAUAUCUGUAUUUUAAUUU